CCCUCCCUCCCUCCAUCUCUCUCUCUCUCUCUUUCUCUCUCUCUCUCUCUCUCUCUGUGUGUUAGUUUGAAUGUAUACACUAAUCUCCUCCUGAUCCUGUCUGAUAGGUGAGCUGCCGUUGCACAGGCAGAGCAGCUUAGGUAGCCAGAGAGCACAGAACUGAGAAGGACAGAAGAGAACAUCACCAACAAAAGAGAGAUAAUGUUUUCCACCAGAGUAAAACAUUAACAAUACACUGAGAAUAAAAAGGAAGGAAAGACAGGAAAGAAUUUUCAGAGAAGAGUAAAGCGAAUGCUCCAGAAUGCGGAAUGACCCAGUCGACACUCCGUACUGGUGAGAAUAUAUGGACCUGGGGAUCUAAUGUGGCCUUUGCGGCUCUGGGACGCACAGGAAGUCGCUCUUUUCCUCAGCCUCACAUUGUAUGUGUGCCACCUAGCUGGAGCCAUCUCCAUACGGUCUCCUCAGCAGAGUCUGACCAGGCCUGUCCAACAGGAUGUAUUGUUCUCUGUAGACAUCGCCUGUGUUGGGACUCCCACCAUACAGUGGACCUUUAUGUCUGGCAGGGUGAGCAGAGACAUUGGGGCGUGGCAACCUGGUGGGUUUACCAAUGUAUCAGAGGACUACAUGGACAGAGUCCACACAUACACUAAUGGAUCUAUGGGACUGUCGGACCUACGUAUUCAGGACGCCGGCUUCUACGUGAUCACUGUGACUGAACUGUCCGGGAGCAGCAAAGAUGAAGGAUUUGUCUUGAAGGUAGAAGAGGUUCUGUAUGAGGACCUCCAGUACCUGGCAGUGUUUGCUGUAGGGCUGGCCUCCCUGGCUGGCUUUCUCAUGGUCUCCAUGUGGCUCAUGGACAAAGCCUACUGCCGGAUCAAGGCAUGGACACAGAGGCGGCAGAUGCCAGAGAAUGAUGUAACGGACCUGCAACCUCUCUGAUAUGAAGAUCUAUGAGACAGCCAGAUGACACUGCCCAACAACCAAUCUGAGCUAAAAUUAAAGACUAAUGUUAAGCGUCCACAGCAUGUAAAUAUGACCAGUUUACUGAUUCCAGGAACAGAUGAAGGAUUGUCAACCACAUGCCUCAAGACUAGCUGCAUGUAUUAUUUUACUGUACACACAACAGCUGAUAUUAGUCCAUGCUAUUUUAUGUAAGGAAACUGACAAGCGGAAACAAAUAAUAUAUUUAUUUUCACAGCUGAGUUUUUUUUACUGUAACAACAUUUGAAAUAUAUAUUUUUUACAUCGACACGGGUAAGUCAAAUGUCCAAGCAAUUAUACUAACAUCCAUGCAUGAUUUCAACAAAAGUGGACCAAGUUUGUUUUCUAUAUGCUGAAUCCUAUCAGAGAGAGCAAGAGAGAGAGUGUGAUAGUGGCCAGACCUAAGGACAGGGGGUGAGGGCAGCCAUGAGAAGCUCCAUCUUGUAGACAAAGUUGCGUCCCUCCAUUUUACUCCAGUGGACCUCCUUGUAGGGCCCUCGCAGGUGGUUCCACUUCCCAUCCUGGAUGACGUCAGACUUGGGCAGCUCCUUGCUCUGGCUGCGUGGGAACUGGACCAGGACCUUACAGCCACUCUCUGGACCAUUACGCACUGCAGAAGAUGCAUCGCAUUCAUUUGGACAAAUGUUAACAUUAUCUUAUACAUUUCAGUCAUUCCAAUCAUUAUAUUAGUUUUCAGACUAAAUGAGUUGUUUAAGGUAACAUCCAAAAUGUCAGAUUGAUUGAUUGAAGACGGUACCUGAGAUGGCGUAUUCCCCGUUGGAGGAGGCGACGGUGAUGGCCGAGGCAUUACCGAUGCUCUCCACAGAGCCCAGGCCCACAUGGUUACUGAAGCUCAGAACAUGCCAACCCAUCACCUUAGCCAGCUGCUGUACCGCAUGGACCUGGUGCUGAGACAUCUGUAGUACCAGGGGAGAGACACAGGGGACACUGUUACUCACACUGGUUCAGACAGGCAGCUACAAAAAGGCUACAUCAAUACUUUGAAAUUGAUUUGAAUAAAAGUUUCCCUGGAGCAAUAAGCCAAGUGAAGAACUAGGUCUGGCAAAUGUUAUGCACUUUAGAAUAUAUAGCUGGCUUCUAGCUAUACUUGAGUGUAAUACAGGGUACAUAAACAGCAGUCAGUUUGUCCUUUGACCUGGGAGAGAAGGAAGUCCUGCAGCUCCUGUUCCUGGUGAGAGAGUGUGAUGACACGGCCGUCCCUGUGCACCACUCGUAUCUGCUCAACCCCUAUGUUCAGCUGCAGCUGGAUAGACCUGCACACACCCACACAGAAGGUCAUGGAACAUUCUUUCUCCAUGGUCAAAGUUUAUUGCUAGACAAGACUUUUUAUUUCUACCGAAUGUUGAAAAAGCUGAAUAAUUACCCAAUUAAAUUGGUGGUAAUUCAUUAAGGUGAAACCUCUUCUUCUGUUAUUCCAGCAAGGAACCCAACUUUUCCCCCGUUAAUUUAUUCUCACCGUAUAUUGAGGCCGUAUUACAACCGGCUGUGAUUGGGAGUCCUAUAGGACGGCGCACCAUUGGCCCAGCGUCAGCUGGGUUUGGCCGGUGUAGGCCGUCAUUGUAAAUAAGAUAUUUUUCUUAACCAACUUGCCUAGAAGAUAUGUUGACACUUCCUGGCCCAGAAGUAUAUUCUCUAAACACUAUCCCUUAAACAAUGUAGAAAGAGUACUCUCUGCCUCUGUUGCUCUGGCCUAGCUAAUCCUCCUGGCUUUAACAGAACUCUGCCUCUGUUGCUCUGGCCUAGCCAGUCCUCCUGGCUUUAACAGAACUCUGCCUCUGUUGCUCUGGCUUGGCUCCUGCUCCACUUACUUGCAGAUCUGCUCGUAACCCUGGGAGGUGAUGAGGACUUUGACACUGGACUCGUACACAUCGUUGAUGUUGGACCAGUGGGCCUGGAUCUGGGGGUCUUCUAUACGACUGGCCAGGCUGUCGAUGGUUCGCGCCGUCCUGAAACAGACACGAGUGGUGGACUUACAGUCAAUGUUGAUUUGCUGUCCUGUAAAAUGUUUAUUCAGUAACAUAUUGUUUCAUUGUGCAAACAUUUUCAUGAUUUGACAAAAAAAGAUAAGGGAUGCUUUGAGUGAAACAACAAGCCUGACAGAAGCAUAUUAUUAAAAAAUAAAACAGUAUGA